GAUCUCCUCCUCCUCGCCCAGAUCCCCUUCUCCCCGAGCAUCAUGGCCACUCCACUGGCCAGCCCGCCGUUGUCCAUCUACACGAUGCUUGGCCUGGUGGCCGCCGGAGCACGCGGCAAAACCCCUGGAAGAGCCCAUGGCCCUGCUUGGCGCCUCGUCCCCCGCCGAGGUCGCCGGAUUCGUGCGCGGUCUCGCCCCCGACCCAUCCUGCCUACCCGCACACCGCCGCAGUCCUACAUGGCGGAGAUACGUACAGUCGACUUUGCUGAGGAAGCAAAGCUUGUUGCACAAUGUCAUGAGCAACAGCGGAGUGGUGUCCUUCGCUUCACCAAGGGCUUCUCUGCGGCCAUCGAGGGCCAAUGUGUAGAUGGAGACGACAACAACAAGGUGGCUGCUAGGGGUAGCGGCAGCAAUGGCGAGGAUGUCGACCGACAGCAACAACAUCCCCUUCGCCCGUCAGCGGCUAUACCACAAUUCUACUUGAGAACUAAAACAACAUUGAUACAAUCGGGGAGCAACUAACAUGAAUAUGUGCUUAUGUGUCGGUGCUACUAUUGAAGCAGGCAAUGAAACUAAAGUGCAUUUUUUGCUCUUCUUUUUUAUGUUG